CGGAAUGUGACACUCUUUUAUUAGCAGAAAGAACAACAACAUGGCAACUGUAUUGUCGCCAAGACCGUGCGAUAGCAAUCCUGCAACUCCAGGAACACAGUCUAUGAAGGAUGAGAUUGAGGAGAACUCCAGCGAUGGCAGUCAAGCCCCAAAGAGACGCAGGAUGGGUUCAGGUGACAGUUCCAGGAGCUGUGACACAUCCAACCAAGAUCUGGGAGCAACGUACUUCCCUGCUGAAAACCUAACAGAAUACAAAUGGCCUCCAGAUGACACAGGAGAGUAUUACAUGUUACAAGAGCAAGUCAGUGAAUAUUUAGGAGUCACAUCAUUUAAACGGAAAUAUCCAGAUUUGGAAAGAAGAGACUUGUCGCAUAAAGAGAAACUGUAUCUGAGAGAGCAGAAUGUCAUUACGGAAACACAGUGUACUUUAGGUCUUACUGCCUUACGCAGUGAUGAGGUCAUUGAUCUGAUGAUUAAAGAGUACCCAGCCAAACAUGCAGAGUACUCCGUCAUACUCCAAGAAAAAGAACGGCAGAGGAUAACCAAAGAGUAUUCUGUGAGCACACUAAGUGCACAAAUGCAGCAGCAAAACCCUCAAAAAGUUGAAGCCAGUAAAGUGCCAGAGUACAUAAAGAAAGCUGCUAAAAAAGCUGCUGAAUUCAAUAGUAAUUUCAACCGAGAGCGGAUGGAGGAGAGAAGAGCUUAUUUUGACCUACAAACACAUAUUAUUCAGGUACCGCAAGGGAAAUACAAAAUCCUUCCUCCAGAAAGAACCAAGACAGGUCCAUACCCGGUUGCCCUAAUCCCUGGACAGUUUCAAGAGUACUACAAAAGGUAUUCUCCAAAUGAACUUCGCUACUUACCCAUGAACACAGCGCUGUAUGAGCCUCCACUGGACCCUGAGCUGCCAGCUCUGGACAGCGAUGGAGACUCUGAUGAUGGCGAAGAUGGGAAAGAAGACGCCAAAAAAAAUAAAGGGUCCUCAGACAGUUCGUCUGGAAACACUUCAGACGGAGACAGCCAAGACAGUGGAAACAAAGUCAAGAGCAAAGAUCGAAGCGGGACCCAGAGCAAAGACGGCACUUCUCGCACCAUCCAACACAAAUCUGUCCCUGGGUACAAGCCUAAGGUCAUUCCCAAUGCUAUAUGUGGCAUAUGUCAGAAGGGUAAGGAGGCCAACAAGAGAGGCAAACCAGAAGCCCUCAUCCACUGCUCCCAGUGCCAAAACAGCGGUCACCCGUCCUGUCUGGAUAUGAGCCCGGGGUUGGUGUCCCAGAUAAAGAUGUACCCAUGGCAAUGUAUGGAGUGCAAGACGUGCACCGUCUGCGAGCAGCCGCACCACGAGGAGGAGAUGAUGUUCUGUGAUAAAUGUGACCGAGGUUUCCACACUUUCUGUGUGGGCAUGGACUCCAUUCCUCUAGGUUGCUGGGUCUGUGAUUUAUGCAACAAAGAGAUAUCUACACCUCAGAAAAAAGGAAUGGCAAAAACACCCAAAAAAUCCAAAUAAGUUCCAAAGCCUUGAAUUUUGAUAUUCAUUUUUUUUACUGCUUUUAUGACAACCCCAUUCAAUGUUUUCUAUGUUGCAUUAAGGUUUUGUUUGUUUUGUAACUAUUUUUUAUUUUUAGAUGGGUACUUUUUUAUGGUAUAAAAUUUUG